AUGCGUCACGUCUCCCAAACCGCUGUCGCGGCUGCCUUGUUGGCUGGUCGUGUACUCGGUCAUCCUCAUCCUGCCACUUCCGAGAACACCAUUCAGAGAAGGACAGUCAACUUGGAUUCAUUCAAAGUUGGUGUUGGCUCCAGCUACUCCAACAACCUUGUCCUCACCGAGGAGAAACCUCAACUCAGAACAUUCUCCGCGCCAACUUACAUUGACACCGCCAGUCAAUUAGUCAGAAAGGUUGCCCCAGGAGCGGAAUUUCGUGUCGUUAACAGUUACCAAUCCGAUACUGGAGUUGGACACGUUGUUUUCAAGCAGACUCUUCACGGCAUUGAUAUUGAUACCGCUGACUUCAACGUCAAUGUUGGAAAAGAUGGCAAAGUCUUCUCUUUCGGGAACUCUUUCUUCACCGGAACUCUUCCAACAGAGAGCCCAUUGAUCAAGAGAGACCAAGUCAGCCCUGUCGCAGCUUUGACUGGCGUAUCCAACACUCUGCAGCUCGCAGUUGACGCAUCCUCCGCUGUUGCAGUCCCAGAAGCUGAGAUUGAGCACUUCACCAUCACUGGUUCCACCGGUGCUCUUUCAGACCCAAAGGCACACCUUGUCUACGUCCAAAGUGGCAGCAGCUUAGCACUCGCAUGGAGAGUUGAGACUGAUAUCGACUCGAACUGGUUGUUGACCUUUGUUGACGCCAAGACCCCCGAGAAAGUGUUCCAUGUUGUAGACUACGUUGCUGAGGCAUCAUACAACGUUUACCCUUGGGGAGUGAACGAUCCAGAGAAGGGAAGCCGUGUCAUUGAGACCGACCCAUGGAACCUCCAAGCCUCUGAGUUUGGCUGGCACUCAACUGGAAAUGUUACCUACAACACCACCAGAGGAAACAACGGUAACGCCCAGACCAACUGGGAUGGCGACUCAAACAUCAACAAUGAUUUCCGCCCGUACGAGUCUGACCUAGUAUUCGACUACGAAUUCAGUCUUUUGAACGAUGAGCCAAAAACCUAUGCAAAUGCAUCAGUCACUCAAUUGUUCUACACCGCAAACAUGUACCACGAUUUGCUCCACACUCUCGGUUUCAACGAGGCAUCUGGAAAUUUCGAGGUCAACACCAACGGUCAAGGUGGACGAGGAAAUGAUCCCGUAACUUUGAACACCCAGGACGGUUCCGGUAUCAACAACGCUAACUUUGCUACCCCAAUUGAUGGUCAAGUCCCAAGAAUGCGCAUGUACAUCUGGAACUACACACGUCCAGCUUCCCCAUGGCGUGAUUCCAGCUUCGAUGCUGGUGUCGUCAUCCACGAAUACACUCACGGUCUCUCCAACCGUCUCACGGGAGGAGCUUUGAACUCUGCAUGUCUCUCUACCACCGAAGCCGGUGGAAUGGGUGAGGGAUGGGGAGAUUUCAUGGCUAUCGCAAUCCACCUCAAGACCAGCGACACAAGAAAGACCAACUACCCAAUGGGUGACUAUGUCAGAGGUAGACCAUCAGGUAUCCGAACUUACCUCUACUCCACCAGCCAAUCUGUCAACCCAAUGAUCUACUCUACCGCCAACAACUCCACCCUCGUUCACUUCAUCGGUACCAUCUGGGCCACCAUGCUCUACGAGGUUAUGUGGAACUUGAUUGACGACCACGGAAUCAACGCCAACAGAUUCCCAACCUUCUCCAACGGUAUCCCAACUGACGGAAGAUUUUUGGCUAUGCAAUUGGUCGUUGACGGAAUGAAGCUUCAACCAUGUCGCCCAACCUUCAUCACUGCCCGUGAUGCCAUUCUCGAUGCCGACAAGGCCCGAACCGGUGGUGCCAACCAAUGCAGUAUCUGGAAGGCAUUCGCCAAGCGCGGUCUUGGAGCAGACGCUCGCCGAUCCGACAACCCACUCGACCACUUGUCCCGAGUCGACAGCUACAACCUCCCCAACGGUGUCUGCGGCUGCAGCGCUGAUAACUGUCUCCGGGCUCUCCGUGCCACCUCGCCAACUGGCCGUCUCCUCGAGUCUCAGCAGUUCUGUGGUAACUUUACUAAGACCGUUGUUACCAGUGUCAGUGCCGUCAAGCCAUACUUGGUCUCUGCGUGCGGUGGCGACGUUGUCUCCAGAGUCAGCUCGGCUUGUGGAUGUGUCCCAACUCUUAGUUAG